AUGUUUGGUGAAGGUCAAGGCGAAACGGUCCGGGUCUAUGAUGUCCCUCCUUUCCUCGAUGACGAAGAUCCCAAUGUCGAUCCCGACGCUUCCGACUUGCAACCCCAAGACGAAGAAACUGGCAGUCGUAUUAUCCCCGUCUGGCUACGGGAAUCAUCAAAGUCUUUUCGAUGGGGAUGGGUGCCUCUGCCUUUGCGAAAGGCCGGAAGGGCUACCGCUCAGUGGGUGAAAGGGCCCGAUCCACCGCAUUCGCUGCUCCUCAAGCCCUUGUUCCCAAAGUUCCAAGAACUCCCGGUCCGGUACCUGGAACAUUUCUUCCCGAAGAGAAAGCAUAAGAUCUCACUGCUUUUGCUGCUAUAUAUUGCUUGGUUUACGCCUUGGCUCACCGUUUUGCUGGUCUCUCGGUCUUCGGGGUACAUUGAAGGAUAUGGGCAGCCGACUACUCUUUCGUGUGCGACGACCUACUGGGACUUUGGCAACGGAUGUGGUCUAAAUGGAAAUGAUUGUCGCCCAUUUUCAGCUUCAACGAUGGCUUUUCGCUGCCCUGCGAAUUGCCGGGAUACCAAGUUGAUGGAACCUCACACGGUCGGCAAUGAGACAUACAACUACCAAGGACUUGUCGUCGGAGGACCUGAGUCUGAAUCAACAUCUCCCGCGAUCUACCGAGCAGACAGUUUUGUUUGCCAGGCUGCCAUUCAUUCGGGUGCCAUCAAGAACACUGUUGGUGGUUGUGGUGUUGUGAAACUUGAGGGUGCAGCGCACACCUUUCCCUCCGUCAAGCAGAAUGGCAUCCUGUCCGCGGGAUUUCCAUCAACCUUCCCCAAGUCCUUUAGCUUUGUCAAUUUAUCCUCGUCGCAGGCGACAUGCCCUAACGAUCCUCGAUGGACGCUUCUUGGUGUCACUAUUGCUGCCCUUACUCUUCUCUGGAUUUUCUGCAAAUCCCCGCCUGUCCUGUUCUUCAGCACCUUUUUCAUUCUCUUUUCGCACGUCGGGUUGGUGUCUGACCCUCCAACGUAUACUGAAUUCGACGAUCUUCUUUCCAGCCUACUUUCACGGAUGCUUCCCGCGGCGUUUGUGGCUUAUGUACUAUACAAGUUCUGCGCCUAUCCGCUAUUGAGCCCACUCGCCUCGCCAAACUACCAGCUAACCAAGACACUCCUCUAUCUGCCACCGGCUUUCUUUGGGGCGUUGAAUAACUAUACAUUUGCAAGAUUGAUUCCCCUCCAGCGCCUCACGCCCCAUGAUAUACAGCAACAGCCCGGGGCGAAGGUGGCUUUGGCCUUUGUGAUCCCAAUUGUUAUUUCGAUCAUUCUGAGCCAGGCCUGGCAAAUUCGGCAGGGUGGACUUAUGCCACGCUACCUCAAGAUUUACUGCACCAUGGGCCUCAUUAUCUUGAUCUUGCUACCCCUUCCAGGCCUUCGCCUUCGGAUUCACCAUUACAUAUUGGCCAUUCUCCUCAUGCCUGGGACUGCCUUCUCUACCCGCCCAUCUUUGAUAUAUCAAGGUUUACUGCUCGGUCUUUUCGUCAACGGUGUCGCCAGAUGGGGUUUUGCUUCAAUUAUUGAAACCCCUGCGGCCCUGGGAGAGGAGGCUCCAGCUGCUGGGUCUCAUGGUUGGUGGGGCGCCACAUACCCCAACAUCACGGACUCAGUGGAGAUUGCCUUGCCCAGUUGGUCUUCAAACGAAACCUACCAUGGGAACGGAAACAUCACUUUCGCUCUUUGGGAGCACGAGCGCAUGGAAAAACUGGGCGUGGAUGGCGUAUCGGUUCUUGUCAAUGACGUUGAACGGUGGAGAGGAUACGUUGACGAGGACAAGCGGGGCGAAUUCACAUGGCACCGACAUGGGCAUGAAGGAUUCGGUGAUAACGACCCUGAUGAUUUCGAUUCUGAUUUGACAGACCCGGAUGAUGAUGAAGAGCCCGAGGAUGUCUUCUUCCGUUUUGCUUUUCUGAAAGGGGCCGAGGCUGGCCAGUAUGGUCGUGCUGGUGUUUGGCUCAAGGAUGGGGCUUGGAUCCCACCGCCUGCUCCCAAAGCAUAG